UAAACUUUCAAUCUGAUGUUACUGUACCGUCGGCCAGAUAUCAUCCUGCGCCCAGACCACGAUCACGGAGAUGCAUGAGAUCUCGUCCCUAUCAGGCAACAGCCCUAGCCUCUCCCUUGCUUCACGGUCGAGCCCCCUUGCCCUUGGCCAUCGAGCCUUCCACAGUGUUCACCGUUCACCUUGAAUCUCCUCUUUUUCCGCCAUUUUCAACCUGUUCGACGCCAAGCCAUCAUCCGCCUAGCCACGGUACUGUGUUGUUUCCAUUCUCCAUUGGCCAUUUCAAAUCUUCGUGCCUUCUUUACAGUUCCGCCAUUUCUGUUCUGUUUUGACAUCAAUUAGUCUCGUUCUCUACUCACAUUCUUCUCGCACCUUGUGACUCGUGAGCUAGUUUGUGUUCAGUGCUUCUCGCUUUCUUCAACGCCCCCAGCAACGUUUUCGCUUUCACCAGCUUGCGGUUUCGAUGUGCGUACAUCUCUCCCUAUAAUUCCUCGCUUUCAAAUCGUUGAAGCCAGACCUUUUCAUUUUUCCCUCUUAGAGAAAUGGAGCACUAUGAUUUGCAAGGUCAAAAAAGAGAUGUGAAACACAAAGGAAGAAAUGUUGUAUGGUCAAUUGCAAUGGACAAGUGUCUAAUUGAAGCCCUGGCCAUUCAGGCAAAAAAUGGGAACAAAGUUGACAAAUGUUUCAAUGAAAAUGCAUAUACUGCUGCUUGUGUGGCUGUGAAUACCCGUUUCAACUUGAAUUUGAAUAAUCAGAAAGUGAUCAACCGUCUGAAGACAAUUAAGAAGAGGUAUAAAGUAAUGAAAGAUAUGCUAAGUCAGGAUGGUUUCAGGUGGAAUCCAAAUACUAAAAUGAUAGAGUGUGACAGUGAUGAGCUUUGGAAGAGAUACAUUGCAGCACAUCCUGAUGCAAGAGGAUUCCGUGGAAAGCAUAUAGAGAUGUAUGAUGAACUUAAAAUUGUAUGUGGAAACUACCAAGCCCCUAGUCGUUGGGCUAAGAUAAAGGAUGAAAGCCAUGUAAUGGACAUAAAGAAUUGUGAUGAUGAAUCAGCCUCCUUUGUGUCUCCAACUUCAGAAGACAUGAGCGAGACGGAUGGAACUGAGUCAUACACUGGGCCUCCAGAUCAUGACCAGGUGCCUGAAGGUUUCCAAGAGCCUCCUUCAGUGGAUCCUUUACGACAUCUUCCCAAACGGCCUCGCAGCUCUGAUGCUCUCCAGGAUGCGUUGAUGGAGGUAGCUUCAAGUAUUAGACGCUUGGCUGAUUCAGUGGAGAGAAGCAAAUGCUCAAUUGACGCCAAUGAGUUAUUGCAGGCUGUGAUGGAGAUCGAUGGGUUAGAAGAGGGGAGACAAAUGUAUGCUUUUGAAUAUUUGAAUGCAGAUCCAGUCAAAGCUAGGGCCUUUAUGACAUACAAUCCACGGAUGAGAAAGAUAUAUCUCUUUAGACAGUUUUGGUGGUGGAGGUGAAUGUGAACAGUGCUCGGUGUGUUUUUCCGUGUAUAGAAUGGGAUAUCUUGGAGUGUAUAAUAGAUGUUUCUAACUUUUUUGGCCAUUGUUUGAUCAAUCUUUCGUAAUUUCGUUGAUGUUUUGUUGUGAGAAUGUAUAUAUUCCAGGAAUUGAUCGUAAUGAGUUAAUGGCAGUUUGCAGGGGACA